AUGGAAGUUUAAGUACAGCAGAAACUUUAGCUUCUACUGCUAUAUGUGGCAUCAUACACUCGAUACUUGGCGGACAACCUCUUUUAAUAUUAGGAGUUGCAGAACCCACUGUCAUCAUGUACACAUAUUUUUACGACUUUGCUAAAGGAAGGAAUGACUUGGGACGCGAAUUGUUCUUGGCAUGGGCUGGAUGGGUUUGUGUGUGGACAGCUCUGAUGUUGUUCGUUCUUGCGAUAUUCAAUGCUUGUGCUAUCAUCAAUAGAUUUACGAGGAUUGCAGGGGAACUAUUUGGCAUGUUGAUUGCUGUUCUUUUCAUCCAAGAGGCUAUCAAGGGAUUGGUGAGUGAGUUUGAAACUUCCAAAUCUGAAGAUCCAACAUUAAGAAAGAAUCAAUUCCAGUGGCUUUACACAAAUGGACUAUUGGGAAUCAUAUUUUGUUUUGGCCUUCUCUACACUGCCUUGAGGAGCAGAACGGCAAGGUCAUGGAAAUAUGGCACAGGAUGGCUCAGAGAUUUCAUCGCAGACUAUGGAGUUCCUCUCAUGGUCGUGGCGUGGACAGCGCUGUCUUUUAGUGUGCCGAGCAAAGUUCCAUCUGGAGUUCCCAGAAGGCUCUUUAGCCCUCUUCCUUGGGAAUCUGCAUCUUUGUACCAUUGGACUGUUAUCAAGGAUAUGGCCAAAGUUCCUCUCGCUUACAUCUUUGCUGCCUUUAUUCCAGCUGUAAUGAUGGCAGGGCUUUACUUCUUUGACCACAGCGUUGCUUCACAGAUGACGCAACAAAAGGAGUUCAAUCUCAAGAAUCCUUCUGCUUACCAUUAUGACAUCUUGUUGUUGGGAUUCAUGACUUUGCUUUGUGGACUGAUUGGACUUCCUCCUUCAAAUGGGGUCAUCCCACAGUCUCCGAUGCACACCAAAAGCCUAGCUGAUCUCAAACGGCAGUUGAUUCGAAAGAAGAUGGUUGAAAGUGCCCAGGAAAGCAUCAAGCAGCAGGCGAGCAACUCUGAAAUCUAUGGCAAUAUGCAAGCCGUGUUUAUAGAAAUGGACAACUCUCCUAUAGAUACAGUAGUACAAGAGCUAGAAGACUUAAAAGUGGCAAUUAUGGAAAGCGAAAACAAAGGAGCAAAUGCAAAUGGUACUUUUGAUCCAGUGAAGCAUAUUGAUGCCUAUUUGCCAGUCCGUGUUAAUGAGCAAAGAGUGAGCAAUCUUUUACAGUCACUCCUUGUGGCCAUUUCAGUAUGCGCUAUGCCCCUAAUAAAGAUGAUUCCUACAUCAGUUCUUUGGGGUUAUUUUGCCUACAUGGCCAUUGACAGCCUCCCCGGAAACCAAUUCUGGGAAAGGCUGUUACUUGUCUUUAUUACCCCAAGGCGGCGAUACAAGGUGCUCGAAGGGGUUCAUGCUUCUUUUGUUGAAUCGGUACCAUUUAGAUACAUAAUGAUAUUCACUCUCUUUCAGUUUGUAUAUUUUUUGGUGUGCUUUGGAGUGACAUGGAUACCAAUAGCUGGCAUACUCUUCCCCGUGCCAUUCUUCAUUCUCAUAAGCAUAAGACAAUACAUUCUUCCCAAGUUUUUUCAUCCAAAUCAUUUGCGGGAAUUGGAUGCAGCUGAGCAUGAGGAAAUUGUUGGUGCCCCACAACUUUCUCCUAUCCUUUCUUUCGGGGAGAAGGAAAUAUCUGGCCUUGGAAAUGAGGAAGGGGUAGUGGAAAUUUGUGAUGCGGAUGAGAAUUUAUACAUAUCAAUCUUCUACUUUUGGAUCUCUUAG